UCCAAUCCGGUUCUGUGGGCUUUGACUUCUAUUUAAGAUACUUGAAGAAAUUCAUUACUCAUUUUCCAAGGGAUUGAAGAUCAACGUAUACUGGUGAAGACAUCUACAGACAUGGAGAGUAAGCUGAUGUUUUUGGUUUGCGUGAUAGGCUGUGCAGUGUCUUUCAUUAAGGCUGAAAGCAACAUAUCAACACCAACAAAUGUGACUUCCAAAAUCUCCCGCAAUGAGUGUGGAAAAACCAAACUGUGUUUGGACAACCCUAAAGGAUGUGAUCCUUCGGGUAGCUCUCAGUGUUUCUUCACCUCAGCUAUCUUAACUAACAUCAGCCUCACUGUUGAGCUCAGUGGAAACUCUACCGGUUACAUCGCUUUAGCAGCUGGACUGACAUCUAAUAUCACUCAGGAUCGUCAUUUCAUCACUGUCUGUGGCAAUAAUAAUAGCGGGAAUUUCUUCCAAACUACAGCACUCUACAAUAAUACACUGGAGACCACAAAUACACCUGAUGUAACCAAUAUCCAGGGUUCGAUACAAUCGAGCUUGAUUCAAUGUGUUUUCACCAUCCCCAAUAAUGCAAACUUCACAUCCUUCCUAAGCAGGGUCAAUGGUACAAAUUUCACCAUCAGCAAUUCCAAAAGUCUCAUGUUCAUUGACAUCUGGAAGGGUUCAACCAAUGGAACUGUGCUGGGAGCACCAACAAGUGUACUUGGGUCCUCUGUUCUGGUUGAUCUACUUGAUGUCAAUUCUACUAAUGUUGUAAGCACCACAGCUGGCACCACAUCUGGCACUACAGCUGGCACUACAGCUAGAACCACAGCUAGGACCACAGCUAAAUCAAAUGCCAACAUCUCACUCACCAGCCUACUGAGUCAUGUAGCAAUUUGCCUGCUCAGUAUCUUCUUGCAUCUGAUCUGAUGAGACCAGAGAGAGACCUGAGGACUAAUCAUGCUUUAGAGUAGUAUAUAGUAGUAAUGUUAGCAUGUUUUCCAAAACAGAACAAAAAGUCUUAUUUCCAUCGGCUUCUUUCUAUAUCUGAUUCUUUCUAUUCACAAGAAACCAUGUCUCUUUGACAUAUACAUGGUGUUAGGAAUGUUGGACACAUACAGUAAUAGUCUACCUUUUUAUUGUGUUUUAAUGAUCCAAUUAUUACAUUAUUUACUGAUAGUAGAAAUGAUCACAGAGAUUUGAAGUUACUUUAAAAAUGUGUUAAAAUAAUACAUAAAUAAAAUGUCAUACACACAUACAGGUACAGUAUCUAUCAUUAAUUGCAAUGUUAAUUACAAUAUUGUUGAUCAAUAUUUAUAAAUAAAACGCCUUUGAAACUUUAA